AUGGCCGCCCAGGGCGAGCCCGGCUACCUGGCGGCGCAUUCGGACCCGGGCUCCAACAGCGAGCGCAGCACCGACUCGCCCAUGCCCGGCUCCGAGGACGACCUGGUCGCCGGGGCGCCCCUGCACAGCCCGGAGUGGAGCGAGGAGCGCUUCCGCGUGGACAGGAAGAAACUUGAGGCCAUGUUACAAGCUGCUGCUGAAGGAAAAGGCAAAAGUGGGGAAGACUUUUUUCAAAAGAUCAUGGAGGAAACAAAUACACAGAUUGCUUGGCCAUCAAAGCUGAAGAUCGGAGCCAAAUCCAAGAAAGAUCCCCACAUUAAGGUUUCUGGAAAGAAAGAAGAUGUUAAGGAAGCCAAGGAAAUGAUCAUGUCUGUCUUAGACACAAAAAGCAAUCGGGUUACCUUGAAGAUGGAUGUUUCACAUACAGAACAUUCUCAUGUGAUCGGCAAAGGUGGCAACAAUAUUAAAAAAGUGAUGGAAGAAACAGGCUGCCACAUCCACUUUCCAGAUUCCAACAGGAAUAACCAAGCAGAAAAAAGCAACCAGGUAUCUAUAGCAGGACAACCAGCAGGAGUAGAAUCUGCCCGAGUUAGAAUUCGGGAGCUGCUUCCUUUGGUGCUGAUGUUUGAGCUACCAAUUGCUGGAAUUCUUCAGCCAGUUCCUGAUCCUAAUUCCCCCUCCAUCCAGCACAUAUCACAAACAUACAACAUUUCAGUGUCGUUUAAACAGCGUUCCCGAAUGUAUGGUGCUACUGUGAUAGUACGAGGGUCUCAGAAUAACACUAGUGCUGUGAAGGAAGGAACUGCCAUGCUGUUGGAACAUCUGGCCGGGAGCUUGGCAUCUGCUAUUCCUGUGAGCACACAACUAGAUAUCGCAGCUCAACAUCAUCUCUUUAUGAUGGGUCGAAAUGGAAGCAACAUCAAACAUAUCAUGCAGAGAACGGGUGCUCAGAUCCACUUUCCUGACCCCAGUAAUCCACAAAAGAAAUCCACCGUCUACCUCCAGGGCACCAUUGAGUCUGUCUGCCUUGCAAGGCAAUAUCUCAUGGGUUGUCUUCCUCUUGUGUUGAUGUUUGAUAUGAAGGAAGAAAUUGAAGUUGAUCCACAAUUCAUUGCUCAGUUGAUGGAACAGCUCGAUGUCUUCAUUAGUAUUAAACCAAAGCCGAAACAGCCAAGCAAGUCUGUGAUUGUGAAAAGUGUUGAACGAAAUGCCUUAAAUAUGUAUGAAGCAAGGAAAUGUCUCCUCGGACUUGAAAGCAGUGGGGUUACCAUAGCAACCAGUCCAUCCCCAGCAUCAUGCCCUGCCGGCCUGGCUUGUCCCAGCCUGGAUAUCUUAGCCUCAGCAGGCCUCGGACUCACUGGACUAGGUCUUUUGGGCCCCACCACCUUAUCUCUAAACACUUCGACAACCCCGAAUUCACUCCUGAAUGCUCUUAAUAGCUCAGUCAGUCCUUUGCAAAGUCCAAGUUCCGGCACCCCCAGCCCCACAUUAUGGGCACCCCCACUUGCUAAUACUUCAAGUGCCACAGGUUUUUCUGCCAUACCACACCUUAUGAUUCCAUCUACUGCCCAAGCCACAUUAACCAACAUUUUGUUGUCUGGAGUACCCGCCUACGGGCACACAGCUCCAUCUCCCCCUCCUGGCUUGACUCCCGUCGAUGUCCAUAUCAACAGUAUGCAGACAGAAGGCAAAAAAAUCUCUCCUUCUUUAAAUGGACAUGCACAGUCUCCGAAUAUAAAAUAUGGUGCAAUAUCCACUUCAUCUCUUGGAGAAAAAGUGCUGAGUGCAAAUCACAGUGAUCCAUCCAGACAAUCGAGUGGAUCUGAGCAGGCCUCGCCCAAAUCAAACCCUGUAGAAGGUUGUAAUGAUGCGUUUGUUGAAGUAGGCAUGCCUCGAAGUCCUUCCCAUUCUGGGAAUGCUGGUGACUUGAAACAGAUGAUAGGUCCUUCCAAAGUUUCCUGUGCCAAGAGGCAGACAGUGGAACUACUGCAAGGCACGAAAAACUCCCACUUACACAGCACCGACAGGCUGCUCUCAGAUCCUGAACUGAGUGCUACAGAAAGCCCGCUGGCUGACAAGAAGGCUCCGGGGAGUGAGCGUGCCGCAGAGAGGGCUGCAGCCGCCCAGCAAAACUCUGAAAGGGCCCGCCUGGCCUCGCGGCCGUCAUAUGUCAACAUGCAGGCAUUUGACUAUGAACAAAAGAAGCUAUUAGCAACCAAAGCUAUGUUAAAGAAACCAGUGGUGACGGAGGUCAGGACACCUACAAAUACCUGGAGUGGCCUCGGGUUUUCUAAAUCUAUGCCAGCUGAAACUAUCAAGGAGCUGAGAAGGGCCAAUCAUGUGUCCUAUAAGCCCACAAUGACAACUACUUUUGAGGGCUCAUCAGUGUCGCUCUCGAGGUCCAACAGUCGUGAGCACUUGGGGAAUGGAAGCGAAUCUGAUAACUGGAGAGACCGAAAUGGAAUAGGACCCACGAGUCACAGUGAAUUUGCAGCUUCUGUUGGCAGCCCCAAGCGUAAACAAAACAAAUCAACGGAACACUAUCUCAGCAGUAGCAAUUACAUGGACUGCAUUUCUUCGCUGACAGGAAGCAAUGGCUGUAACCUGAACAGCUCUUUCAAAGGCUCUGACCUCCCUGAGCUCUUCAGUAAACUGGGCCUGGGCAAAUACACAGACGUCUUCCAGCAACAAGAGAUUGAUCUUCAGACAUUCCUCACUCUCACAGAUCAGGAUCUGAAGGAGCUGGGAAUUACUACUUUUGGUGCCAGGAGGAAAAUGCUGCUUGCAAUCUCAGUUUGUGACUCUGUUCAGAUCCGCAACAAGAUCCUGAGAGCUGCCAGGAUUGUGUGAACCUUGGAAUUUCAAAGAAAAAGAACUAAAUAAAAACCGAAGAAAACUUUUUGAACCGCCAAACGCACGCACCUCUUUCCUGGAAGGCGGAGCCAGUGGGCGGCUGCCCCGUCAGUAUCACUCGGACAUUGCUAGUGUCAGUGGCCGCUGGUAGCAGUACUUUCCAGGUACAUACCUGCCAACUCUGUCAGGUUGGACACAGGAGAUCUGUGGAUGGCCUUCACUGCACACCGUCCUAGGCACUCUGGGUGUCUGGUUAUCAGGACCAAAGCAUCUAUUCACACCUGAAUUUUGUGCCAAAAAGGAAGAAGAGAGAUGUUCUUCAUGUCAUCAUACAGAAUACCACAUAUGGUUACUCUUUAAAAAAAAUGGUAAUUGAACAGAAUUUGCAAUAUGAGGGUAGGGCUUUAUUUCUCGUUUUUAUUUACCUAUAUAACAUAUGCACUGAUUUUUUUUUUUUACUUAAAAUGAAGGAUGAAUUAACAUCUGGGAUGCCAGAAAACAGGUUAUUGUUCACUUGUUUUGGUAUUUGGGGUUUUAAAAAAAAUAAUCAAAGUGAAAUUUCCUGGUACUGCUUUAAAAUAAUUAUUGAGGUCUUUCAGCACUUUACACUUUCUAAUUUCUUGUCCUGUGGAAAUUCUCUUUCUCUCAUUUUUAUGUCACCUGGUUUAUUGGUACAAAUCAGAUUUAGUCACAUUUUUCUGACCGCGUUACAUUUUUGUUUGAAACGGUACUGGAUUAUUAGUUUUUGUGCAGAAUAUUCUGUAACUUUGGGAAAUGUAAGUGACGCCACUUGGUUCUGGACCAGUUCUCUUCAUUUAUGUCAGCAUCCUAGAAACAAUGAACAUAGUUCACUGUAACAGGUGCAAAGAAAGAUCAAAUGGACUUUGCAAUAUUAACCCUUUGCAGUUAUCAUAUUUAGCUGCUGCCUAUAUUGCUAAAAUGAUUUUAAUGGUUGUCUGAAAGCAAAGGGCUAUUUUUAGUAUACUGCCACUAAAGGACACUUAUUUAUAUCAAACUUUUAUUUUUAGAUAUUAUAAGCAUACAGCACAUAACUGAUUAAAUUGAUAUCUACUAGAGAUUUAUGGUAGAGAAUGGACGGCAUUCAAUAACUGGAGCCCUAGAUUGUCACUUUAUUUAAAAAAGACAAAUAAUCAUCUGACAAGACAGCACUGUUGCCAUUAGGAGGAGAAAUAGAUUACUGUCCUUAUCAUGUACACAUUAGCUGUGCUCCAUAUGGUAAAAGGAUUUUCCUGAAACCAUAUUUGUCUGCUUGAAGUAGACUUAUGUUUGUUGAAAACGGAAGGCUUUUAGUCUCCAGGGUGACAGUUUAUAGACGGUUGAAGGAGGGGGAAAAAUGACUAUUUUUUUAAGUGGCUAGAUUCAUUUUUACAAUCCUAUACUGUGAAAGUCCAAGAAAUCAGGCAACAUUGUUUCCUAGGUCUUUUCAGACAUUGUAUUGUGGGUUAUGAAGGGUUUUCAAUUCAUGAAGAAAAUCACUAAGUGCCUCUCUUUCUUCAAAGCAAUAUUAUUUCCAAGUGUAUUAAUUUGUUUGAAAACUUUCCCAUAGGAAAUGUUGUGAAUUAUCUGUACUGUAAUGACUUAUUUAUGUUCAUUAUUCAAGAUUUUCUACGUGGACAUAAACCACUGUUGCAUGCUCUCAGCAGAAGGCAUUAGAUAAGCAUACAUAACAAUCGAGGAUUUUUAAAAAAUGCAGAAUCAGAAAUACUUGCCUGACACUUUUCUGUGGCUAAGUCAUACUAUUAUUAGAGAAAUUUUGCACACACAAAGAUUUUCACUUUAAAAAAUUGUAUUGGUUACUUUGAAGGCAUAGAUAAUGGACCUGACAUAAAUUAUCAAUUGUAACAGCUCUAAGGGGAUGCCCAUUUCUAAACUAAAUCUGCUUAAGGAUAUAGAAUUGUUCCCUUUGCAAGUACGAUAGAAUCAUCCUGCGCACAUCACAUCAUCACGUGGAGCUCUCCACCUUAGGUGGCUGUGUGAACACAUGCUCCACCUUCAGCACAGGGUAAAAAUUCCAGAUUUGUUUCCUGUUCAACAGCUUAAGUCUCUAAAUUUUAUUUCUUUAAUAAGACUUUCUCAAAAAAAAAAUCAUUUGGAGCUCUUUCCCCAACUCUCUACCAUGCAUUUGCAACAGGAGGAAGAUGGAAUGAAUUUGCGGUAUGAAGUUGGAGAUUUUAUGAACAGUGCUUUAUGCCAAAGAGAAAACUGUUCCAAUUAAACUAGAUUAAAUAGGGUGGCUAAAAAUAAAAACACUGGAAAUUAUUUUUCUCACUUUCUCUUGAUGCAAUGAAGGGAAUAUGACACUACAGUACAUGGUGUUGUCAGUGUUAUAUGAUGCACAAAAUAUUUGGAUUAUUUGAAUAAAUGGUAGUUUUUGAUCAGUCUGUGCCUUAAUAGUGACCGAUUAUCUGUAAAUAUAGAAUAGAUACAGAUUGUAUUUUUGUGUGGAUUUUUGUCCUUUUAGUGAUUUUUUUUAAAAAAAAAUGAGAGAUGGAAUUAAACAUCGAAAAUGGGAAUUUUUUCUAAUCAAUUAUUAUAUGAAAAAUAAAUUUAUAUAACCCCUUUGUA